UAUUCAGAGGCAGAGCUAUCACUUCAUCUCAGUGUCGGGUGAAAGCUGGAGGGGAAUAAGCUAUUUGCAUUGAACUCUUUCUAGUGGAGAAUAAUCUACAUCUGCUUUGUAUGAGCAGUCUUUGAAAGGAAAAUGUCCUCUCCAUAUAGAAGCCUUCAUGACAGUUAUGUUUCAAACAAAGGGAGGUCGACCAGCUGCGUGACAUUAGGUGUGGUUUUGGGCUGUCUGAUAGUCCUGGGGAUUUUGCUUGCCAUCGCUGUUCUGGAAAGACCCACACCACCCAAAGAUCAUGAGACACUCCCAAAGGAAGCUGGUGGGGCCAAUUUCUCUACAGACCAGUGCAGCAUGGCCCUUGUGGAGAGCAUUCCCCAACAUGUGAAAUAUGAUGACAAUGCAACACUCGGGAUCCCCCUGGAACAAGUCUGGAAAGAUCUAAUCUCCAUGGCAACGGACCAGGUAGAAGUGGUCUCUUUUUACUGGACCUUAACUGGGGAAGACAUCAACGUCAACUCAUCUUCUGACAUACCUGGAAAGGAUAUCCUGAGAGAACUUGAGGCAUUGCCCUCCAGGAAUGUAUCUGUCCGAGUGGUGACCAGUGUUCCCACAGUUAGAACAAACUCCACAGAUUUAAAGAUCUUAAAACAGAAAGGAGUUCAUGUGAGGGAGGUGAACUUUGGGCGCCUGAUGAAAGGUGUCCUACACAGUAAAUUCUGGAUCGUUGACAGAAAACAUGUGUUUAUUGGAAGUGCCAACAUGGACUGGAGAGCUCUCACACAGGUAAAGGAACUCGGAGUGGUCAUCUACAACUGCUCCAGUGUGGCAGAGGACCUCCAUAAGAUCUUCCAGUCUUACUGGGUGAUGGGAGAAUCCAACAGCUCCCUGCCAAGGCCCUGGCCUUCAAAUUAUGACACUGACAUCAACAAACACCACCCCCUGUUGGUGGAAGCUGAUAAUGUCUCCAGCAGUAUUUACCUCUCAGCUUCUCCACCAUCAUUCUGUCCUCCAUCAAGGACUCAGGACCUGGAGGCAAUUCUCUCCAUCAUCUCAGAGGCUGAGCACUACGUUGAUGUAGCUGUCAUGGAGUACUUCCCCACCACACGCUUUGAAAAGCCUCUGCGAUACUGGCCGUUCAUUGAUGACGCCAUCAGGAUGGCUGCAUUCGAGAGGAAGGUUAAGAUCCGGAUGCUGAUCAGCUGCGGGCGUGACUCUGAUCCAGCCAUGCUGCCCUUCCUUCAGUCUCUAGCCUCAAUGGACAGCCCUCACCACCAGAUCAGCAUUCAAGUAAAAUUGUACAUUGUGCCUGUAGGAAACCAGACUGAUAUUCCGUACUCCAGAGUCAACCACAAUAAAUACAUGGUGACAGAUAAAGUAGCCUACAUUGGUACCUCCAAUUGGUCAGGGGACUACUUUGUGACCACAGCUGGAGUAGGCCUGGUGAUUUCCCAGCAUGCUCCUCACCCUGAAUGGAAGACCAAGGCCCUGCAGAACCAGCUCAGGGUGGUUUUUGACAGAGACUGGCACUCUAAGUUUGCUGUGCAUCUUGCUGACCUGGGGCACCACCCAGACUGUGCACUAUCAACAUGACAGAAUAAGAAGUUCUCCAUGAAAUACAUAUUGUUAUCAAGGUUGUACUUGUGGCGUAGUUGUAAUUUAUGUUGUUUUUAUAUUAUCUCUGUUACAUGAUCGCUCACUCUCUCUAUAAGCUUCCACAUCAGAUGAUUAACUUACACUUUCAGUUGUUGACUAAAUUAAUACACUUGUAACUGUAAAUAAGGUUUAUUGACUUAGCAUUAAUUUUUUUUUUUUAGAUUAGUGGUCAUCUGGUGUUGACUGACUGUUGAAUGUAUGAUUACUGAUACUGUAUAAUUACAAAACCGGUGUUAUUCAUAUACUUUAUAAUUAUUAAACAUGUGUAAACAUCAA